UUUUUCUUAGCCGAAAUAGUGUAAUAAAUUCUGCGGACACGUGCAGACGGUUUUCCUCACUCAUUGGAAAAUCUUUCGGUUUUAAUUUCAAUUUCGAUUUUAAUUAACUGGGGAGAGAUCAGUUACCGCGGGCGCCGAGAUUCCCCUGUUAAACCCUAAUCAGCGAACGUGCGGCGAUCGGGGGGGUGGAAAAAGUCAGCCGCGUACCUACGGAGCGUCGGGAUGGGGCUGUUUUUGCCAAGUGGCCUGUUCCCGUCGUCAUGCAUAUUCAACCUUGCUGGAGAAAAACAAGCAAAUGAAAAGUUCAUAUCCCGGUAGAAAAGCAGAGUCGGCGAUAUUUAUCGCGCUUCCUCUCGCCCCGUUUACGGGCAACACGGCUGUUCUUUCACUCCCGACGGGGAAAAUUAACAACGGAACGGGUAAACAGUUUACGAAACGCGAGAACCAGUGUAGCGAUUGUAGGCGGGACGAAACUCGUGCGUUGAUUCGUUGCGACUCAGGUAGAAAAAAGCGUGAAUCGACGUGUAGAACGAUCUACUCGUCGGCGUUGGGAAAAAAACUCGUCGCCGGGAAGGCCCGUUUAUCUUGAAAGCUUGUCCGGUAACGGGAUAAAAAUCGUCAAUACUAAUUGCUACCAGAGCUGCGAGGUAUGCCGGCGCGAAAAUCACUGGCGCCAGCGAGAUAACCCAUUCACGGGUUUAUCCAAGAUCAAGCUUAUCGGUUUUCAAUUUUCUGGACCGGGCUUUCUGUUCGACGCAUUGAGGAAUAUUCGAUCGUCGCUCGCGUUGUGUACACCUCGAUCCUCCUCGACCGUCACAUAAAACACCUCGGACCGACCCCCUCGCCACCCCCCGGCUCUAGCCGUUUUGUUUGCGCGCUCUUUUAUCGGGGAUAGACUGCCGGUCUGUCAACCAGCAACCCCCGCUCCGGCCAGUAAAUCAUUCUCUCACCGUUGUUUCUUUCUUUUCUACCAGCUUUCGAAAAACAUUUACCGCGUUCGGAUAACGCAAGACUUCGCUUUAGACGUCAUUCGAGUAACAAUUCUCCUUACCGUCGAAAAAUUAUUAGAAAAUCAGUUUGCUCGUUUAAUUAACCAAGUAAUUAAUAAGCAUUAAUAAAAAUAUGAUUUACGAAACGACUAGGUGAGGAGUUUAACGAAAUCCUCGCGAUCGAGCACAACUCGUUGCCAAUUCGCGGUUGAAUGUUACAGCCGAUCGUGGGUUAAAUCCAUGAUAUGUGAAAGUGAGACCGAGUGAAACGGAGGACACGCGGACACGGGCGUGAUCUUGCCUGAAAACCCGGAACGGGACGUGUAAUCAUAAGGAACGGACGCAUGCAUGUCUGUGCGUUCAGUGGUUGUGUGUCGCGCGUGUGAUAGCUGAGCUCGAAGGGAGCGUGCGGCGAGCAACAACGAAGGAAGGGAGUAACGUUAAAUGAAUGUUGUUGCAAGGGGCGGCUGUGAUCGUGAUAGUGGUACCGGUGCACGGCGGGAUCGGCCGAUUUCAAUUCAUAAAUGCGCCAGAGGAGGAGCCCACAAUGGUGGCUCGGCUCCCGCAACAAGUUCUACUGCUGCUCAUACUCGUCACUGGGACGGCCGCGGAAGCCACACGCGAGAGGGAGGAAUCAUUGCGGAGCAGCAACCGGAGUUUAUCCUGGUGGUCGGCCAGCACGGAACGGGCCGCGGGGGAGACGAAAUCCAUCGAGAAAUUCCGUCAGACAACUUCCUGGCACGCGGACGGUCUCACCAGCCCCGGGGCACGAGUCGCCGUGGAAUUGGUAGGACAGGUCAGCCCGGAGGAGAUGGAGAUGACGACGUCGCGCACGGAAAAUGACGAAGGAAAAGCGAAGAUCUCUGGCACUGCCCCGAACACGAGGCGGAUGAUAAAUCUAUCCGCCCCGCGGUCGUUUAUCCAGUCGACGCCAGAAGCAUCCAGCCUCAUGGAAAACUCUUCCACUGGAGAUUUUGACAACAUAGUGACGACGCGGGAAGCCGGUUGGAAAACCGGAAAGACCGUCAGCACGACGCCGAACCCGUUUAUCGCGAGGGACGUGAUACGACGUCAGAUGAGACAUGUUCCAGACGCGUGUGAGAAAUUCACGGUGGGGGACGAGGCCAAGCAAGAAUUUUAUAGCCCGAAUUAUCCGGAUAACUAUCCGAACUUCACCGAGUGCACGAGGGUUUUGGAAGCGAGCGAAGGUAUGCUGCUGAAGCUCGACUUUCGGGACGUGUUCAAGCUCGAGGAGAGCGCCAACUGUCGUUACGAUUUCCUCGAGGUACGUGACGGCCAGCACGGCUACUCCAAUCUCCUCGGCAGCUUCUGCGGCAGGAAUUUCCCCCCAGAGAUCACGUCGAAGACCAGAUACCUUUGGCUGCGAUUCUACAGUGACGAGAGCAUCGAGGACAAGGGAUUCAAGGCCGUAUGGACUAUGAUUCCGAGACCGACCUAUCCGGGAGUGCCACCGGAACCGGAACCGUGCGUAAGGAACGUGACCGGGAUGCAGGCGAUCAUUAACAGCGACGACGUGCAAGACAGGAAGAACGCGUCCGUGAAGGAAGGCAUCUCGUUGGACUGCUUGUGGAACAUCACGGUCAAGGAGGGGUGGAAGAUUCAGCUGACGUUCCCGGAUCUCAGCUUCAAGCUGCAACGACCGAACGAGUGCGACGCCAACUUCGUGGACAUAUUCAAAGAACGCACUGACAUGUCCUCGAGAAAGAAGAAUUUCUGCGGCAGCAUUGCCGACACCGUCCUCAUCAACACCAAUACCGCCUUUGUCAGGUUUUACGCGGAGCCUAAAGCGUUGAACAGCAGCUUCGAGGCCGUGAUGACAGCGAUCAGGGACAGAGACCCCGGGGACAAACCUUGCGCCGACGACGAAUACUACUGCGAGGACGCGACUUGCAUUGCGGCGGAACUGCAGUGCAACGGCAGAGUCAACUGUCGUUUCCGUUGGGACGAGGAAGAUCAGGCUUGCAAUAAGAAGAAAUCUCGUUUGAUCGACUCGCAGCACAUCGUCAUAAUUCUGAUCGUCUUCUCGCUGAUCAUGUUCGGCAUGAGCUUCGCGUUCGUCUUCAACUGCGUGAGGAAGCUGGUCCGGGAUCAUCGCAUCAUCCUGGAGCACAUCAGGCAGUCGAGGGAAAAUCGAUUAGACGAACUUGGUCGUAAGACAACACCCUGUCCGAUCUCGUCUUCCAGAACAGAUAUCCGGGACCGUGGCAGCCACUCGCCGAGCCUCGAGCAAAUUAUCCCCAGCAAAGAACUUCUACCGCCCACCACACUAAUAGCGCAGGAUUACGCAAAGGAUCUCGUAUUGGAGAUGGCUUAUAACACGACGGACAUGCACGAUAUCCACCAGAGCAACAACGUGAGCAAUGCGACGCAGGAGCGUUUGCAGGAAUCGAACGAGGAGCCAGAGAUGAGGGACAGCUCCUGUCAAACUCGGGAGAGCCUUUUCGAAACUGCCCGACUCCCAGAUACAGGAGCGCCGACAGGGUUCACAACGUUUGGUGUCCGCGGUGGAUCGCAGAACGGGACCAAUCAUCUUCACCAUCGUCUUCACCAUCACCUGCAUCAACAGAGUCCGACGCAGUCGCGUCAAAGCUCCCAAGCCUUGCAGCAACAGUCUUCCUCCGAGUCUCAGCAGCCGAGUUCUCAGUGUUCAGGAUGCAGUCCAGCGUCGAGAGGCCGAGACGGCAGUAUGGGUGUUUGCCCGAAACACAAUCCGAUCCCGGCACCGCCCGGCUGGUCGAUUCAUGAGUCCACGUAUCCAUUGCAAACCUCCGCUUACCCGGAACCACCGGAUUACCCAUCGUACCAAAGGUUUCAGAGCCCGAAACCGAGCAGGGAAAGCAGUGCCUAUCGCCAGUCACCGAAAUUAUUGAGACACGGAACGAUCGGCUCGGGCGAGAGAUACGGUUCGAUUUACGGAUCCGGUCAUGGGUCUAGUAACGCGUCGAGCAACACGCCUCACUCCGUUACGCCAAAGCAGCAAGGGACGACGCCUCCGUCCGAUCCCAGGUACAGGGCGGAAGCAGUGAUCGAGGUGGACCAGAGGCGACCGUUCAGUAUAGAGAGCACAAAGAGCGCACCGGACGUAAUAGCGACGCACUGACGCCGGGGUAUUGGGGAUUGGGAGCCCUACAAGAGACGCCAUCCCCGUCAGACCGUCGCUGAUCAGCAGCUGCCCAGCCGGAAAGAUGGAAACAGAGUAACAGUGGCCACGCAGAGCUCCUUGGACGACGACGCUUCGACGAGCUCGACGGUGGAGGCGAACUCGUCCUCCUGAUCCACGUGCAACGACGCGGUCGAUCGACGUGACCAAUUUAGCCGCGGGCAUCGGGACGAACCCGGAUCACCGGGCAAGUUUAAGCCGCGGGACGUCGUCCGUCGGGAUCUCAAAACGUCGAGACGUAACGACGACGCCCCGUUACCGGCGCACAUCGACGGAACAAAAGAGCCGGGGACUUGUCUGGGCGACGUCGGUGAAAUCAGCGGAACGAAGAAGCUGAUCGACGUAUCCGGAACAAAUACGGGGAGGACGUUACGCGGACGAACGGAGACAAUGGACGGUGCACCGGUUAAGGGAUCGACGGCCUUAAAGUUAAACGAUCUCCCGAUCCUGAGGCCACCAGAGGCUUUCAGGGCGCCGAUAUUCCGUUGCAAAACACCGAGCCUCGCGUGGCAGCAUUGUGGCUGUCCUUCGCAUUCCCAUUUACCGCCGCGACGAUCCUCGACCAUCUGGAGUGCCUUGAAACACUACGGUCAGGAGCCCUUCUACCGGACCUGGCCAAACAGAAACGUGAGAAGGUUCGGGCGACCAUCGAGGAGAACCGUAGGCACCCAAAGCUCGUUCGACGGUUCGCGCGCGUCCCUUGGCGCCCUGCGCUGCGUCGUCAGAUCGAUCGACAUGACCGAGAGCUCGAUGGAUCUGGAGAUCGGUGCCACGAUACCUUUCUAGUGUUUAAUUCUGACCGCGAGAAGGGUCACCUACCGCGUCGCGUCGGAUCGAUUGGAUCACGGACCAAUAAUGAUUUUUGUACGCAAAAGGGUGGUAACUACCAGCUACAUAAAAUGUUGUUACCGAUACGAGCUUUAGAAUUGUUUCUUGUUAUCGCUUGAAUUCGGUGAUCGUUUCGUGUACGGACGAUAAAUAUACUUAUUCGAUAAUUAAUUACGUUUACGGCAAGUUAUUGUUAACAAUCUUCGCUGUUGCUAUAUGGAUACGUUCCUUUUAUUACUAAAGACAAGUACGGUCAAUAAAACGAGUCUGCGAUUUAAUGUGAAUAGACAUCAACGACACGGGGAGAGUCGGUUUAUUGACAGCGUGUCGUAUUGCGUCGAGAGACAGGUUAGCAAAAUGCAUGCAAAUAUAUUUUUCCUUAGCAGAAGAAGCUUAUCAUGGUGAUAUAUUUAAAUCCAAUGUAAGUGAAAGGAAAGACUCACCGAGACUCUGAUUGUUUCCAUCGCAUUCUCCUUUGCACCAGUUGUUAAACGCGACGUGUUCUAAAUAGAUUGCACCUUGUGAUCUGAAGUUCGUUCUCCACCGUUCCUAUCGUGCAGCACGCAAUGCACACAUUUUUAUCCAGCUUCCAUUUUUAUUACUCACGAGAUUCAGAAAGGAUACUUACCUUAAUUACGAUUAUUUCUGUUGAUCGAACAUGUCGUUGAAGUCAGCAUUUAUUGGUCGCGUUCACAGAUCACAAUUUUUAAUUCGAAACUGGCGAUCGUACGUUUUUUUUGGGAUGAGUCGAGGCGCACACAAGAAGUAAACAUAUCGUGACCGAGGCGCGUUUUAGAAUGAGACGGCGAUAGUUGUAGCAGAGGGCCAGCAGAUCGCGCGUCGCAUAGUCGGCGUAGUUUUGUAACUGACAAUGGCCGGUGUUCGUAGUCGUUACUUAUUUUUAAGAUCGUUUUAAUCUCUGUCUACCCCACAUUUCCAGUCUUGUACAAGAAACAGGGGCUUGAGCAAAUGCUUAAGACGAUCUUAAAUAUAAGUAAUAACUCUGAAUACCGGACAAAGAAUACCGAGAUGGUAUCAACGAUGUUUGUCUCGACGCUUAUUAGAAAAAUUCGCCGUUCAACGACGUACGGACCCUUCGGGCAACAAGUAAGUAGACAAUUCUUCGUUAAAGUAUUCCGAAUUCGCUUUUACGAACGAUCACGCCCCGCGAGUUGAACGAACGUAGCCUAACCCUCUUUUAUACGCGGCUAUCGAUUACGCCCGGCAUGAUCUUCGACCGUUAAUGGUUUAACGAUACUUACGACGUUAGACAGAAUAUUUUUCCACGGUGUUUCCACUGAAUUAUUACGAGAAUGCGCCGCACUAAGUCGAGAGUGUCCAUAGAAUGCAUUUACGAUUGUGUCGAUGGUGAAAGUUGAAGAUCGAUAGUGUUUAUUAAAAAAAAAUUUUGGAGGGAUCGAUCUGCAAUCUCGAUUUUCAUAUCGAAUCUGAGAACUGCGUUGCGAGUGACAGAGUGUGUUUGCUAGUUGUUUCUAUCCGCGAUAUUUCCCGAAUUUAAAACGAAUUUAUCUACGUGCGACGUUGUGUUUUCUAAAAACAAGAUCGUUCCAUUAGUGAAAUCAUUCUGGUAACGUUUUGAUCGAUUGGCAUGGAAGAAACAAAAGAUUUCGUAGAAAACGUGCGCCGAUCAUCCAACAGCAAGGUAAACAAUCAAUUUCUCAUCUUGGAACAAUAACAAUGACCAAAACGAUCAGAAAACAAUGAGUCCGCGUAAGAGGGACGAUCUUUUUCCAUAUUUCAAUUGUUCGUGUUCCGAGAUUCUGAAUUAAAUUAGUCAAUUAAGAUCGAGCGUGGGUUAUGGAAAGGGCAUGAUGUCGAGACGAAAUGAGAGCGAUGAAAGUGCGAAUCACGUGCGUGUUAACUCUAAUAUAAAGUUAUCAGAAAUCUAGCGGUUAUUAGCAAUUGAAUAAAUUCUCGCUUCUGUACAGGUUACGUGUUAACGUUUUAUCGUUUAGGGCAGAAUGUACAGAGUGUACACAGGUUGUAUAUAAACGACACCACCGACGCCUGCGAAAAUGAUGUCAGGCAGAUAAUAAACAUAGUACAUACUU